UAUCCGAGCUGAGCUUCAUUUAGGAAUUCCGAUUCCUCUCCGCGUACAGUCUUCUUCCAUUUCACUCGCUUCUCAUCUCCCUCCUAACCCGGGACCGCGUCGGUGGAUUCUCCACGCACAGGGGCGUAACGUGCAUCAUCUAUCUCCCCGGCUCCGCAAUCCCUAUUCAUCUGAUGGUUAUGCAAUUGGACAGGAGCGACUUUGUAUAUGCGUGAUGUUGGUGUGCGGGGUGUUGGUGAAUUUAUUGGGAGGUAGUGCCAGGAAUCCACUGGCACGGGGUAUGUCAAGGACACUUGGGACAUGGUAAGGUAGGAAAUGGGUUAGCCGCCUCAGCAGCACUUGGAAUUCAGCCAGUGGAGCCCACCAGUAUGAAAUAUGUUCGGUUAGGUCUAGUAUGCGUGCAGAAUCCGUGUAUUCGGACCGUUGGAUAACUUGAUGAGGAAAUAGUACCAGGAAUCCACUGGCACGGGCGUGUCAAGGAAAGGUGGAAUAUGGGGAGGUAGGAAAUAGGUUAGCCGCCUCAGCAGCACUUGGAAAUCAACCAGUGGAGCCCACCAGUGUGAAUGUGCUCGGUUAGGUCCAGUGUGCGUGUAGAAUCCUUGUAUUCGGACCGUUGGAUAACUUGAUGAGGAAAUAGUACCAGGAAUCCACUGGCACGGGCAUGUCAAGGAAAUGUGGGAUAUGGGGAGGUAGGAAUUAGGUUAGCCGCCUCAGCAGCACUUGGAAAUCAACCAGUGGAGCCCACCAGUGUGAGAUGUGUUCGGUUAGGUCCAGUGUGCGUGCAGAAUCCGUGUAUUCGGACCGUUGGAUAACUUGAUGAGGAAAUAGUACCAGGAAUCCACUGGCACGGGCGUGUCAAGGAAAUGUGGAAUAUGGGGAGGUAGGAAAUAGGUUAGCCGCCUCAGCAGCACUUGGAAAUCAACCAGUGGAGCCCACCAGUGUGAAAUGUGCUCGGUUAGGUUCAGUGUGCGUGUAGAAUCCUUGUAUUCGGACCGUUGGAUAACUUGAUGAGGAAAUAGUACCAGGAAUCCACUGGCACGGGCGUGUCAAGGAAAUGUGGAAUAUGGGGAGGUAGGAAAUAGGUUAGCCGCCUCAGCAGCACUUGGAAAUCAACCAGUGGAGCCCACCAGUGUGAAAUGUGCUCGGUUAGGUCCAGUGUGCGUGUAGAAUCCUUGUAUUCGGACCGUUGGGUAACUUGAUGAGGAAAUAGUACCAGGAAUCCACUGGCACGGGCGUGUCAAGGAAAUGUGGAAUAUGGGGAGGCAGGAAAUAGGUUAGCCGCCUCAGCAGCACUUGGAAAUCAACCAGUGGAGCCCACCAGUGUGAAUGUGCUCGGUUAGGUCCAGUGUGCGUGUAGAAUCAUCGGUGGCUGUUCUCAUGCGCGGCUCGUUAUGCCCGCUGGGUCGGUUUCUCAUCCUAUCCGAGUUGACUGUUCAUGAGGUGCCUGGGGCGUCACCCUGCCCCCGUCCGUUCCCCAUUGGUGGGCGCCCUAGGGGGGCCGGCCGCGGCGCCUUCUCGGGACCAAUAGCGGGCCCGCCGGGUUACGUCCGCCAAUAAUUUCGUCCGUCUGAGAAUUAUUUACGUGGGCGGACGUAUUAUAUGGUCCUCGCGAGUCGGGUCGUGCCAUUUCGUCUCGUGAUGGCAUAUUCAGUACCUACUGGUGAAGCUCCGGCCACCCCGCCCGUGCUGGAUAUCGCCGUCCUUUGUGACGAGCGGGGCCGGCUGCGAUGGGUACCGGAGCUCGUCCUAGGGGUCGACCUGAGGUCCCUGGAGGACCCAGAAUUCCGGGCCAUCUUAGCAAGACGGGUUCGGCGCCUUCAGAUCCAGGUGCACCCCGACCGACACUCCGGCGACGGUACUCUAUCGAGGGUGGUGAACAUCUGCGCUACGGUGCUCCGGGACCACGGCCCGGAGUACGUCCGCUGGGUUACGAGGCAGAAUGGGCGGACCGCAAUGGAAGUGGUGCGGGCAGCAUUAUUGCUGCCGCCGCCCUUCCAAGACCUCCCCAGCGAGGACCGAGCGCGGCUGGCCGGACUGGUCGAGCACCUGGGGACCCAACUCCGGUCCUCUGAGGCAGCCGCCUCGGAGGAGCGGCGACGGGCGAAGAGGGCCGAGGAGCAGGCUGCAGCGGCCCGCCGUGCCGCUGCCGACGCGGAGGCGGCCCGGUGUGCCCAGGAGUCCCGGGCUCGGGCCGAGACCGAGCGGCUCCUGGAGCGCAUCGCCUACCUAGAGGCUCGGGUAGAUGGACAGGAGGCGGAGCUAUGCCGCCAAAUCGUAAACGCGGAAGCUGCCGUCAGCUCGGCCGAGACCCGUGCUGAGGAAGCUCAGGCCCAGGUCCACCGGCUGACCGCUGAGGUGGCGGCGCGCCCGCCGGUGCAGCCGCAGGUGCUGCGUCAGUGUUUGGAGGCGGUUGUCGAAAAUCGGUCGCUGCCGCAUGCCGUACGCCGCACAGCGCGAAAGCUCCUGAAUAAAAUACUCAGCUAAACGAC